UCCACUUUCUAGGUCUAUUCGAUCCUCUAUACAUAAGUGGCAUUGAUCUCUCUCUCUCUUAUUUCCCUUUCUUUCAUUCAUUUAUCUCCCUUCCUAAACAGUAACUCAUCAAUCAAGAGGAUCAGAUCCAUAGGAAGUGUUUUAUCUGUCUAUCACACACACACACACAAAACUUCACACUGAUCAGUCAAUCCCAUCAAUCAAAUCAUCAAAUCAAGAAUUCAGAAAAGGAGAAAGUGAAGAAUCAUCAAAAAGAAAAAAAAACAUGUCCUCAUCAUCAUCAUCCACUUCCUUUUCACCGGACCAGCAACAACAACUAUCUCCCUCCGACCAGCUCUGUUAUGUCCAUUGCAACUUCUGUGACACUGUCCUCGCGGUGAGUGUUCCUUGCACUAGUUUGUUCAAGACGGUCACAGUGAGAUGUGGUCAUUGCACCAACCUUCUCUCAGUUAACAUGCGUGGUUUGCUCCUUCCUUCUGCUAAUCAGCUUCACCUUGGUCACUCUUUCUUUAAUCCUCAAAAUCUUCUGGAGGAGAUUCGAAAUUCACCUUCAACAAACAUGAUGAUGAAUCAGCUUCCAAACCCAAAUGAUUUGGUCAUGAACACCAUGAGAGGAGGGCCAGAAGAAAUCCCUAAACCUCCACCUGCUAACAGACCUCCGGAGAAGAGACAGAGAGUUCCAUCUGCCUACAACCGCUUCAUCAAGGAUGAAAUACAACGUAUCAAAGCUGGGAAUCCUGAUAUAAGCCACAGAGAGGCUUUUAGUGCAGCUGCAAAGAAUUGGGCCCACUUUCCACACAUUCAUUUCGGACUUAUGCCUGAUCAUCAACCCGUGAAGAAAGCUAAUGUUCGUCAGGAAUCAGAGGACGUGCUUAUAAAAGAUGGGUUUUUCACACAAGCUAAUGUAGGUGUCUCUCCCUACUAGAGAAAUAUGUUUGUUUAUUGUGUCUAAUUAAGUAACUGUACUAAGACUUUGUCUUUAUGCAUAUUAAUGUUGUGCACUUCUAUUAGUACUUUUUAGUGUUACAAAGUUGUAAGGUUAUGUUAUAAUCAUGAUGAGUUGUGGAAUAGGGGAGAUUCUGACUAAGCUUUAGAUUAUAAAUUCUUCAGAAAAACAAGUUGGUAUGUUUUCUUUGAAAUGGUCCCAAGAAUGAAUGACUUUGGAAUGUAGAAA